AUGAAUAGUACAAGGCACAGCCCAACUCACCUCAUCCUCUUCUUCCUGUUCACAGCACACCCCGUGGACGAUCUGAGCACGUCCAUGGAUGCCAUCCCCUGUUCCCCUCACUCUCAUUUUCCUCCUCGUUUUCGUCUCCACCGAAGCAGAGUCGCCGCCUUGCCUUCGUCGAUCCCGCGGCCACCGGCCUCCACUCUCCGCGCCAAGAGGUCCAAGAGCUCCGUCAUCCUCGACUACGUCGCAUCCGUACCAGGGAACCACGAGGACCACGCUACACCGACGGGAUCGAGCGUCUUCCUCAUCUACGGCCGUCACUGCCCCGCGCCCGAUUUGCCUCACCGGAGCUUCUCCGCCUCGCCGGACACGUCCUCUGCCUCACCCUGUGAGCGGCACCCCCAUUCCCCUCGCCCCCCUUCGUUCGUCGCUCCAUUGCGCCGCCCCGUGCCAUCCACGUUUACUCCAGUGGCCGCGGUCCUCGCGACCGCACCCAACAACCAGCCCGCGUCUAGUCCACGCCCCUGGCGUGACCUGCGCCCGCCCGCGCGUGCGGCCUCCGCGCCCACGCCGCGCCCCACUGUCCUCGCCGACAUUGCAUGUCGCCCACGCCCGCAUGCUGCUUCGUGCUGCCUUGCGAGCUGCUACCACUCCUCCCCUGCUGCUCGCUAG